AUGUUCUCCUCGCGGUUUUUCUUGGCGCCUAUUCGCCUGGUGGAGUGCCCUCGCGACGCAAUGCAGGGACUUUCUCACUUUAUUCCGACGGCGCAAAAAAUUCUCUAUUUGAAUGCUCUCUUAAAGUGCGGUUUUUAUUCAAUUGAUUGUGCCUCGUUCGUUUCCCCGCGGGCCGUGCCGCAGAUGCGAGACAGUGCGGAGGUGCUGGCUGGCUGCAAUCAUGCGCUUCUAACUGGUGAGGACGCCCCGAAACUCUCAGUUGUGGUUGCAUCCCACUCAGGGUUUAAGCGCGCGCUUGAAACACCCAUUGUAAGCACCAUUGGAUUUCCACUUUCCUGCUCCGAACGAUUUCAACAACUUAACACAAAAAAGAGCAUUGCGGAGGCCCUUAACGAACUCACGGAAAUGCAAAAGGCUGUUGUGGAUACGAAUGCGGCUCUAUCGUCCAGUAAUGGGAUGUCAUUGGAGCUCAAUAAAAAAAAGGAACUGCUUGUUUACCUUUCUAUGUCGUUUGGUAACCCAUAUGGGGAACCGUGUGGUCCAGAAGUGGCGGAACAACUUGUCUCGAAUUUGGUUUCCAUGGGCGUGCGCACAAUCAGUCUCGCUGAUACCAUUGGCGUAUCUGAGCCGCAGAAGAUACAUGAUCUUUUUACAAGAUUGCAGAAGAAGUUCCCGGAUGUUUUUUUUGGUGCACAUUUCCACAGCAACACCGCGACAUCUAAAGAAAAGAUAAUUGCCGCCUUGAAGGCAGGGUGCCAGAUGAUUGACAGUGCACUUGGAGGUAUGGGGGGAUGUCCCUUUGCAAAAGAGAACGACCUUGUUGGUAAUGUUGCGACAGAAACGGUGCUGCAGGCAAUAGAUGAGCUGAAUCUUCUGCCCUCAUCAAUUGACCGGAAGCAAAUUAACGAAUGUGUUCUUCUUAAGCAACAUAUAUUUGGGGUGACCGUGAAGGAUAUGUUAUUGUCACAAAGCCUGCGGGAUGAAAAGCGUUUUUUCCAAUUAUGCCAAGAACACUUCAAACUGUAUGAUGUAAAAGACACGGGAAUGUUAGACUACGAGGGGUUUCGCUCCAGCAUGCUUCGUGUUUUUGAGGAGUUGGGCUGUGAUCCGCCAAGUGAAGAAAAAAUUUGCUCAAGCUUCCAUAAGGUUGAUGUGCAAAAGCUUGGAUGUAUCACACUUGAUGCCUACACGAUGGGCGCCAGGAGACUCCUCAUGAAGCGGCUGGGUUUUUUUGCCAAUGUGAAGAGCGGUGAGACCGGCGGUUCCCGUAGGAUUGCAACUGCCUAA